AUCUACUGAUUUGGAGCUCCGAGUUACGUGAUGAUGCCGAAUUAUCUUGGAUUAGUAUCCGGGGUGAUAUCGUUAGUUCUUUGGAGUCAAGGUGUGACGUCACACGUGGUACUGUGCAAUACGUUAACAGCGAAUCAGUCCAUGUACUGUAGUUGUGAUCUAGAUGGAGUAGACGAAGCGCGCCGGAUUUCUUGUUUUGUUAUCAAUCCUCUAAAACCAGACGAUGAAGUUUGGAAAGGUUUCGCUCGUCAGAGUGAGUUAACUAGUCUGACAAUUACAUCCCAGCCUGCUUCCAGUUCCCUGGAGUUUGUGCCAACAGAAGCUUUUCUCAGAACACCGCGACUCCAAGAGCUGAACAUUAAGCAGUGUUCCAUAUCGGAACUGCCUACCAAUUCUUUCGUCCAUUUGGAACACCUCAGUCGAAUCGCUUUAGAGAACGACGAAAUUCGAAACCUUCGCAAACACGCCGUUUCGCAUUUGCCGAGGCUAACUAGCCUCGUCAUCAGUGAUAAUCUCAUUGAAGCAUUGAGGGCAGAAGCGCUCUUCGAUUUGCCCCGAUUAACAUUCUUAGUGUUAGAUAGAAAUAACAUAUCCUGGAUCGACGAUAACUUUUUCCUCCAUCUGUCCAACCUGAUGGAGCUAGAACUAUGGAAUAACAAGAUCCAACACAUUACUCCUUACACCUUUAACGGUCUGAAAAGUCUUCGCCGUUUAGACCUGUAUAAAAACCGCCUGAUAAAACUGGAUAACUACGUCUUCAGUGGAGCACCCAGGUUGCACGAACUUGAUCUGAAGGAAAACAGAAUCUCGGAAAUCGCACCCAACGCUUUCCACGGCCUUUUUUCCUUGACCAGUCUUCACCUCAACCGAAAUCGCUUGAGGAUGCUCCCCGCUCACGUUUUCAGGGGCACUCCCAAUGUCAUGAUGCUGGAGUUGUCAAAUAAUAGACUGGAGAGUAUUCAGAGAAACGUGAUUGAAGACCUGUCUCGUGCCACUGAUGACCAUUUCAUCAUGUAUUUCAGAAACAAUCAGUUGAAGUGCGACUGUCGACUGAACUGGGUGGAGGAAUAUGCCAGUCUUGCCAAAUAUCUUAUUUUUAAGAAGGAACUUCACCAAAUGCAAUGUACACAAGAGAACAUUCGAGUGACUAAACGUGUAUUAGACAUUAACUUUGAUGACUUCCGGUGUCUUGAAACGUCAACAUCAUCGUCAGUGACUUUCAAGGCUUCAGUUCAAAGAGCAAAUGCAAUAGAAAUCCACCUGUACAAACGUACUGAGGAUGGAGAAAAUUCUUUAUUUGAAGCUACAGUAUCAACAUCUUCUGAAAACCUCAAAAAUGUUUCUAAUAUGCAACCGCAUGUUAAUAGCCACAGGCCGUUGGAGUUAGUGCCAUCUAUUGAGAGAAAUGAGAACUCUGCUUGGUGUGUUUUUCCCGUAUUUCAUCGAACGAUAUUUACUUCCAUAGCAUUAGUGUUCCAGAAGAUAAUGAUAUAAUUUCUUUUUAAAUUAAUGGCAGGGUGUGUGAUUAUAUUACAGAGACACAAUACUUAAUAAAAACAAAGUAAUGGGAUCGAUGUUAUAUGAUUUUGAUUCUUAGCCAUCGCAAUCUUCAUAAAUAUGACGAGAAAUCUUUAAUUUCUUCAGUAAGUCUUAUUAGUUUAAGCAGAGAUCUGCUUUAAGAAUGCAUAUAUAUGUGUAUUCCUAAAUCAGGUCUCUCUUUUACUUUUCGUAAUUUACCUUUUUCAUAAUAAGAAACAAUUUUUCUCAUGUUAAUAAAAUAAUAAUUUGUCAUUGUUAGUUAAUAGUUAUAAAUAUAUGUAUAUAUAUUUGUUUGUGGAAAGAGCAAGUGCGUCUAAACUGUUCACUUAUAAAAGUAUUAUGGAGCAGAAAUGUUUGGGCGAGGCUUUUUUUUCUUGUAAAACUUAAAAGCUGUGUACGCCUACUAGGUUUAUGUUUAGUUUUCAAUAACUUUAAACAAAUAACUUUAAAUAUAAACUUGAAGUUAGU